AGCAGGCAAAGACAGUAGGUGCUCCCUGCAGCUGUUCACCAGGUCUCCGGGUGGAGAGGAGAAGGAGGCCCAUGGAGAAGUUUAAACAUGUGGCAGACCUGUUGGUUAAAUACCACACUGUUUUAGGCUAUAGCUUACUGAGCCUGCUGACAGCCGGUGGGGAGCGCCUCUUUUCCAGCGUGGUGUUCCAAUGUCCCUGCAGCGCCACGUGGAACCUUCCCUAUUCCCUCGUCUUUCUCCUGGUUCCGGCCCUGAUCCUCUUCCUGCUGGGCUGCUUGCUGAGCACCCGGGCCAAGUGGCUCAUGACAGGCUGCUGUGCGGCCCGGAAGGAAGAAGGGUGCGAUGAAGCUGGCCCCGGGCUUUGCGCCAGUUUAACAGUGUGCUGUCACUUCACUUUGGCCGCUGCCGUGGCGCCCAUCACCUGGAUCGCAGUGGCGCUACUCGGGGGAGGUUUCUAUGAGUGCGCAGCCAGUGGGAGCACUUGGGUGUCUCGGCUGCUGUGCCCUGCUCAGGAGGCCAGCUGUUCUGAGCAGCUGCCACAGGUGCCCUGCCAGAAAGCGAAACCAGAGAACGUCCAGGAGCUCUUGAAGGAACUCAAGGCGCAUUCCCAGGUGGCAGGUUGGGCCCUGAUAGCUCUUGUUGUGAUCGCUCUUCUGAUUUUUACAUCCAUCACUAGAUGCCGAGCUCCAGUUAAUUUUCUUCAUUUUAAGUUCUGGAAACUAUAUGGUAAAAAGGAAGAAGAGAUAUUGAUGAAUGAAGCUGAGAAUCAUGCUACAAAAUUGGCAAAAGAGAAUGUCAAAAGCUUCUUUGAUGGCUCCCAGCCACAAGAGUUCAGAUUACCAAAUUCUAAAGACUGGGAAAAGAUUUCAGUGCGCCAUACAUUCAAUCCUGGGAGUCAAUAUUAUAGUGUAUUACACAAGUAUGUUAAGAAGCAGAAGGAUGACUGUAAUGCUUAACCAUCUAGUAAGGAUAUUGUGAAUACUGUUCUAAGAUUUGUGGAUUCACUUGAUCUUACCAAUUCUGUUAGGGUAAUGUAAUAAUAAAUAAACAUAUGGUAUGGCAGAAUGUUAUAUGUAGAAAAACAUAACUACAUGUAGUUAUGUUACUUCCU